GUUUGAGACUGAGAGGGGGAUGCGCAUAACUGUGGAAACUGAUCUCCAAGGCUUGAGCAAGGUUUAUGAUGAUCUGACCCUUCUAAAGACAGACUUGGAAGUUCAGAUUGAAGAACUGAGCAAAGACCUGGCCCUCCUCAAAAAGGAGCAUCAGGAGGAAGUUGACGUCCUUCGCCGUCAGCUGGGCAACAAUGUCAAUGUGGAGGUGGAUGCUGCUCCAGGCCUGAACCUGGGAGAGAUCAUGAAUGAGAUGAGGCAGAAAUAUGAAAUCUUGGCCCAGAAGAACCUUCAAGAGGCCAAAGAACAGUUUGAGAGACAGAGUGAAGCUCUGCAGCAGCAAGUCACUGUGAAUACCGAAGAGCUGAAAGGAGCCGAGAUCCAAGUCACGGAACUGAGACGCACCUACCAGAACCUGGAGAUAGAACUCCAGUCUCACCUCAGCAUGAAAGAGUCUCUAGAGCGCACCCUGGAGGAAACCAAGGCUCGUUACGCCAGCCAGUUGGCAGCCAUCCAGGGAAUGCUGAGCUCGCUCGAGGCCCAACUGAUGCAGAUCCGGAGUGACACCGAACGCCAGAACCAAGAGCACAAUAUCCUCCUGGACAUAAAAACCCGACUUGAGCAGGAGAUUGCUACCUACCGCCGCCUUCUGGAAGGAGAAGAUAUAGGGACCACAGAGUACCAGCUGUGCACUCUGGAAAGUAGGGAUAUCAAGAAAACCAGGAAGAUUAAGACCGUCGUGGAGGAGGUGGUGGAUGGCAAGGUCGUGUCCUCGGAAAUCAAGGAGGUGGAAGAGAGUGUAUAA